GAGACAGAUCUAGAGAGAUGGAUUCCACUUCGGAGAGGAUUAAACCUCAUGUUGUAUGUGUUCCAUACCCACUUCAGGGUCACAUAAACCCAAUGAUCAAGCUAGCCAAACUCCUCCACCACAAAGGCUUUUACGUAACUUUUGUGAACACCCAUUAUAACCACAUGCGCUUACUCAGGUCAAGAGGCCCCGACUCCCUCGACGGCCUGCCGGACUUCCGCUUCAAAACCAUCCCCGACGGCCUCCCACCUUCGGACGCCGAUGUCAGCCAAGAUGUCCCUAGCCUUUGCGAUUCCACCUCAAAGAAUUGCCUCGCCCCACUUUGCAACCUUCUCUCCAAACUCAACGACACUUCCUCUUCCAACGAACCGCCGGUGACAUGUAUUGUCUCUGAUGGGUGCAUGUCGUUCACUCUUGAAGCUGCUGAAGAAUUUGGAAUUCCAAACGUACUUUUCUGGACACCAAGCUCCUGCGGCGUCUUGUGCUAUAUGCAUUAUCGCCAUCUUGUUGAACGACGUUUAACACCACUCAAAGAUGCAAGCUAUCUAACAAACGGGUAUUUAGAAACUGCAAUCGAUUGGGUUCCCGGGAUGAAACACAUCCGUCUGAAGGAUUUUCCAAGUUUCAUUAGAACAACGGAUGAGAACGACAUCAUGCUCAACUUCUUCAUACGUGAAACGGAGAGAUCUUCAAGAGCUUCAGCCGUCAUUUUGAACACGUUUGACCCAUUUGAGCAAGACGUUUUGGAUGCUCUCUCCACCUUGCAACUUCCUCGCAUCUACACCGUCGGUCCACUUCUGUUGCUUGCUGAUCAGAUCAAAGAUGAACGGCUGAAAUCAAUAGGCUCCAAUCUAUGGAAAGAACCCCCGGGAUCGGUGGAGUGGCUAAAUUCAAAAGAACCCAACUCCAUAGUGUACGUGAAUUUUGGCAGCAUCACUGUAAUGACACCCCAACAACUCAUUGAGUUUGCAUGGGGACUCGCCAAUAGUGAGAAACCCUUCUUGUGGAUUAUAAGGCCUGAUCUUGUUGUAGGCGAUUCAGCCAUUCUUCCUCCUGAGUUUCUUACAGAAACGAAAGAUAGAGGCAUGUUAGCAAGUUGGUGUCCUCAAGAAGAAAUCCUCAAGCACCCCUCGAUCGGAGGCUUUUUGACACAUAGCGGGUGGAAUUCAACGCUCGAUACCGUCUGUGGUGGAGUGCCGGUGAUCUCAUGGCCUUUCUUUGCCGAGCAACAGACAAACUGCCGGUAUUCUUGCACCGAAUGGGGCAUUGGGAUGGAGAUAGAUAAUGAUGUUAAGAGAAAUGAAGUUGAGAAGCUUGUGAGGGAGUUAAUGGAGGGUGAUAAAGGUAAAGAAAUGAAGAGGAAGGUAAUGGAGUGGAAGAUAAAAGCCGAAGAGGCUGUCAAGCCUGGUGGUUCUUCUUACCAGAACUUGGACAAGUUGAUUGCCGAUGUUCUCCUUGCCGGAAAUGUUUAAACGGAAUUUCGAUUAGGUGCUGUCAAAAAAACUACAACAUUUGUCUUGUAAGUUCUUUUAGAACUGUUUUUACACCUAAUCCAAAUCGGUUUAAACCAAACGAAGA